GAGGUUCAUACAUCGACGUUCUUUCUCUCACUCUCUCGAACGUACGAACCGAAGUCGAGUAUUCCGGUAUUGAAACGUUUUUGAAUAUUGAAUUUGAAAAAUUGCGUUUUAUUCUAAACAUUCCAUCGCGUAGAUUACGUCGAGAAGCAACGGGCACGGCACGACGCCACGCCAAUCGGUGCGUCGGGUUCUUAGCGUUGUAGAGAGGCCGGCCACGCAGGCCGGAAUGACCGCGUAGGAUCAUUCUCCUCAUUCCAGCGGACGUGGUGAGUACAAGAACCGAUCGUGCCGAUCCCCACAUUUUCGUAUCGUCUGCUGUACGCGCGUGUUACUAUUGUCUCUCAUUCGGUCGACUCGUCAACGAAAUGUACAUGUAUUAUACGAUAGUUUGAUAUUUUUUACUCCACUAAGCGCGACGAGAUUUAAAUCCCCCCUUAAACCAGCCGCUAAUUAAACUUAGCAGUGGUAUAUUAAUAUUAUAAUUUCUUAGUUAAUAAUGCAACUGUUACAUGUUAUAUCACACUUUUGUCGUUUAAUGGGGAAUUAUAGUAUUGAUACAAGAGCACUUUUAGUUGGCGUUUAUCGGGUAGCGAACGGCCCGAGACCGGUUUGUGUUGUGUACGUCGUUUAAGCUAAUGCUUGUGUAUCGGGCAGGCCAGCGCCUGUAGUAGGUGAGUGUCCGGCAACGUAAUUUCAAGAUGAACUCGGUGGAACAAGUGUACGGCAGCGGAUGGGCAGCGUGGUGGGGAAAACAUUGGACGGCCUCACAAGUUGGAACGACAAUUUCAUGCAAUGUCGCGUAUCUCGCGGAUGCCGGAUACACCCGCAAAGCCGCGGCGCUUUCGAUGAUUCUGCUGGGUGGUGCCUCUCUGUACUGUUUCUUCAGUCGUCGGCGGAAAAUAAAUGCACGGGAUCUUAUCGUUAUAACCGGUUGCAAUUCCGGUUUGGGCUAUAGUCUAGCGAUGCACUGUCGUGCCAGGGGUGCAACGGUUUUGGCUGGAGUGCGCGAAAGAGGCGCAUUGCUUAACACCAACGCCGCUGUUAAAGCGUUGGAGAACAAUGGCGUCAUCGUUCACCAUCUCGACGUCACGAAUGAACAAUCCGCCCGAGACUUUCGAGACAAAGUUGAGGGCUUGCUGGAGGAACGGCAGUUAGUGCUGCGCGCGUUGGUGAAUAACGCGGGGGUGAUGGUUUUCGGCGAGUUCGAGUGGCAGACGCAGAGUCUCGUCGAGCAUCAGGUAAACGUGAAUCUGUUGGGGACGAUGAGAAUCACGCGGGAGCUGAUGCCGACCUUGCGGGCGAAUCGCAGCAGAAUUAUCGUGGUGUCCAGCCAUUGCGCCGCCGAGUCUUUGCCGGGCAUAAGUAUCUACGGAGCGACGAAGGCCGCCCUUCACGCGUGGACCACUGCCCUUCGGGUAGAGGUCGGCAAGUACGGCGUCGAAGUGGUCUCCUUUGUACCCG